AACUCAAAGUCAGGUUCAGUUAGGUGAGUGACGUUUCUCUUUCACUCUGUGUGCUCGGUUUAUUCUUGGUACAGUCUGAUAGCUUUUGAAACUUUCAUAUAAUUAAGAAAUACAAUACCCAAGUGACAUUGAUGUGUGCUGUUGAGGGAAAACGAGGUUAUGACGUUAUGAUUUAACCAAAAAAGCGCAACUUUUUAUUCACUUUCGUUACUGACAAGCUCGGCCAUGAAGCACAGCUGACAGGAAGUUAAAAUUCAGGAGAGCAACAAUGUUUCUUCUGUUUUUAUUAUAUCCUUAGAAAUAUAAUACUAGGGUUAAAAUGGAAGCCUUAGAAAGAAAGCAGGAAUCUCUGAAAGUUGUCAUUGAAGAAACCAUUGAUGCAAAUGAACCAAAUAAGGUGGAAGAGGAAGAACCUAAGACACCAAAAGCAUAUCAUAGGAGAAAAUCAUCUUUACAAUUACGGAAAAGUACGUCAGAGGAUGAUCCAGGUUUACCAGUGAGCAUAUCGUACAGGGCUGGAGAUGAUACAGUUGAAGUUUCAAAUUUAAGUGAUGGAAGUUAUGCUAUUGACUCAACACAUGAACCACCAAUCUCAGAUUUGGAUCUUCUUCUGGCAGCAACAUAUGUAGAGGAUGCAAGAGAUGGAAGGCAUUCAGACUUUAAAGUGUCAGAGAAACAUUUAAAAUUGUAUCACAUGUACCAGAGUAGAUGGGGCCAAGCUGCACUGUACAUCAUAAUUAUACUUCAUCUCUCCUUAGCUUUGUUUGAGAAGCCAGCAGUAUAUGGCUUAGAAAUGUCUUAUUGGGCCUCCAUGACCAUAGAAGUAGGUAUCCUCUGCUGCUACCUAUUUCGACUUACACAUAUAUAUCUUUUCACUCCUGUCGUCAGGUUCUGGUCUGACACUAAGAAUAUACUUAUCUUGGUACUCAGUGGGCUUACUUUCUUAGACAUGGUAAUAUAUAUUGGACUAGUAGAAAAUGACAUCUUUGGAGUACGGUGGUCAAGACCCCUGAGACCUCUCUUUGCUGUGAAUUUCCCAGAGAUGAAGCAAAUCAGGCGAUCGUUCCGGAACAUGCGAAGAACUCUGCCAGAUGUAGUCAAUGUUCUUGUUCUGUUCUUCUUCAGUUUGGCCAUAUUUGCUCUAAUGGCCUACAAGCUGUUUGGUGAUAGAGGCCUUUCUUGGGUAGAUGGUAGACCCUACUUCGCCACUUACUGGGACAGCAUCUUUGACCUGUAUGUGUUGGUCACCACAGCAAACAACCCUGAUGUCAUGAUGCCAGCAUUUGAUGCAUCUCCAUACUACGUUAUUUUCUUUGUUGCAUUUUUGAUAAUCUGCUUUUUUGUGUAUAUGAACAUCAUUCUUGCUGUUAUCUACAAUAACUACAGAAAACACCUCAAGAAUGAAGUUAAAAAAUCAGUGUUCAGUAAGAGGCAACAACUACGUAAAGCAUAUGACAUCCUCUCAGUAAAAGUUUCAGCAAAGAAAUUAGUCACAAGGAGCCGCUUCAUACAGCUUAUGAAAACUUUGGAUAAAGAGAAAAAUCCAGCCCUCAUAAAUGUCCUGUGGAUCGUUCUGGAUGGGGACCGCUCAGAUGCACUGGAUAGGGUAGAAUUCCUGAAAUUGGCUGAUCUAUUGAAUGUAGAAGUGUCUGCAGUAGUGGAUCGUGUUCCUCUGAUUGGCCAUCUCUUCCCAAAACUAUAUAACUCUCUGCCCUCGAGAUUUGUAUGUCGAGUGGUAAAGCACAAAGCUUUCCAAAUCUUUUUUGACAUCCUGACACUGAUCAAUGCAAUAGUGAUUGCUAUUGCAACACCUACAUCAGACUGGGAUGAAAUGACAGAGUGGAUCUUUCUCUCCUUCUUUGUUCUGGAGAUUGUUUUGAAACUUUAUGUCCAAGGAGCCACAAGAUUUUUCAAGAGGGUGUGGAAUGUGUUUGACUUCUUUGUGAUUGGUGCAGCUUUCAUUAUGGCCAUUGUAGAGGAAAUUAAGGCUGAUGAUGAUGACAGUCGUCUUGCACUGGAUGUAUUGCUAGUGUUAAGAGUAUUGCGGCUGGUCAAGAUCAUUGGAAGUAUUGACCGAUUUAAAGUCAUCGUACACACUAUCAGCAAGAUUGGUCCAUCUCUCUUAACAUAUGGAGGAGUGCUUUUGGUAUUUUACUACAUAUUUGCCAUGAUUGGGAUGGAAUCAUUCCAAGGCCUGGUAAAAUAUACUGGAUAUGACAUAGAAAGUGGGUCUGAGCUCUUCUGCAGCAAUGAAAACCUAGAAAAGACAGACUUUUGGCGUGACCACUACUGCAAUAACAACUUCAAUGAUGUAGUUCAUGCAUUCAUUGUUCUCUUCGAGCUCACUGUUGUCAACCAAUGGCAUGAUAUCCUUUUAUAAGAAAUAAUGAAAUAUUCUUAUAUAUCAAUUAUGCUGUGUUAUGUUUUUACUAAAGUCUCUUACUUCAUUUAGUUCCAAGUCAGUAAUUGUUUUGAUUUCUGCUAUCUCUUUCUCUAUUACAUAUCCAGUCAUUGUCACCCUAACUAGUUGUCUUCUAUAUCUUCUGUCAGGUUUAUUCCACAAGUGUCUGAAGUA